AUGAUACUGGAGUCCGAGAACGUGGAGACGUGGGAGGCCUCUCCCAAGGAAGACGAAGAGGAGUGGACAGCAGACCUUUCGCAGCUGUUUAUAGGGAACAAGUUUGCCUCUGGGGCGCACAGUAGGAUACAUCGAGGGAUUUACAAGCAGAGAGCAGUUGCUGUCAAAAUGGUCAGGAUCCCUAGCCACAAGGAAGAGACCAGAUCUGUCCUCGAGCAGCAGUUUAAAUCUGAAGUUGCUCUGCUUUCCCGACUCUAUCAUCCCAAUAUAGUGCAGGUAACUAACUGUUCCCCUCUUUCUCGUGGAGCUCUGUGUAUGCAUUUGCUUACAAAGCUGCUACAGUUCAUUGCUGCAUGCAAGAAACCCCCUGUGUACUGUAUCAUCACAGAGUAUAUGUCACAAGGAACACUCAGAAUGUACCUGAACAAGAAAGAGCACUACUCGCUAUCAACUGAGACGGUUCUGAGGCUAGCUCUCGACAUAUCACGAGGGAUGGAGUACCUUCACUCACAAGGUGUAAUUCACAGAGACUUGAAAUCAAACAACUUGCUUCUGAAUGAUGAGAUGCGUGUUAAGGUGGAAGAUUUUGGGACUUCAUGCCUCGAGACACAAUGCCAGGAGACUAAAGGAAAUAAAGGCACCUAUCGCUGGAUGGCACCCGAGAUGGUCAAGGAGAAAACUUACACUCGUAAAGUCGACGUCUAUAGCUUUGGGAUUGUAUUGUGGGAGCCAUCACGGCUUUGCUUCCAUUUCAAGGAAUGA